AUUGCAAAAUUGACGAUUCCUUGUAUCACUUAUAUACGAGGAAGGUUUCAGAAGUACCUGUCGCAACAAAGAAAACACAAAAAUCGUCGAAAUUUCCAAAAUAGUCAUUAAUUAUCGACAUCGCAACAAAAUCUCCAACCAACGAGUUAUUUUUUCGAAACUAGGAACUAAAUCCGGCGAUUAAGGUGGAUAAUUCAUCAAUUUCAUCAAUCGCGAUGACACCUCGGACCAGAUUAUGUUUGGAUAGGAAUUUCUGUACCAGGAAAUGGGAAAAAAAAACAGGAAUGGCUCAAAAAUCAGUUAUUUUGUACCAACAACUUCUCGUGAUGACCAGAAACGAUUUGAAACUGAUGGUUGAUAUUUUACGGGACCAAGUACCGUCUUAAGACAAUUGACAUGGUAGAAGACGUUUUUUUAGGUACGUACCAAACCCAAAACGAUCUACGAAUCUACAAUUUGGGUCAUAAAUAAGAAAAAUGACGUUUCGAUAGUUGUAGAUAUCGUCAUUUGUCACGUAUUCGUAACGAAUUAGAAAAUAUUUGAAACUGCACGUACGUAGAAUGAUUUAAUAACGUUCCGACGAAAAAAUCUUCGACGACGAUUUUAUGAAACGGAUUCGAUCGCGUUUAUUAGAAUGAACUUUAAACGCGGUCCAACAUUUAAAACGACUCUCUAUAAAAUGUCGGAUUGCAGAUAAACGGAAUUCACUCGUCGAUUCCUUUGUGACGAAGUACUGCGACGAGCGGGGUACCGUCGGAAUCCGCGAAAAUAUGGAUGCGAUUUUACAUGAAAGUAGUUUGGUUGAUCGGUCGAAAAAUAUCGAGGUUAAUAAAGAAAACGGCCGCGGAGAUAACGGAGACGAUUCUAAAAGAUGUGCGGUGAUGGUGGAUAUGAAAACGGAAAAUGUUUCAAUUGGUAAUACCCGCGAAGAAAACACCCGGAAAAAUUAUGUCGAUAUGGAAUUUGAGAAUAUUGUUUUUACCGCAACCGAAGGUACUAUUUUUACUAAAAAAAUUACGAAACAAAUCCUGCACGAAAUCAACGGUAGAUUUCCACCGGGUCAGUUGGUGGCGAUAAUGGGUCCGUCCGGAGCCGGUAAAAGCACUCUAUUGGAUAUUUUGAGCGGAUAUAGAAUACGCGGUGUCCGAGGAACGGUGAAAAUAAACGGACACCAAAGAAAUUUGAAAGAAUUUCGAAAAUUUUCUUGUUACAUCACUCAAGAUGAUCGAUUACAACCGCUACUUACCGUCGAGGAAAAUAUGAGGAUAUCGGCCGAUUUAAAAUUACCGUCCAAUGUUACUGAUAAAGAAAAAGAAAAAAUUAUAGAAGACAUCUUGAUUACUCUAAAUUUGAACGGUACUAGAAAAGUAAGAGCCGCAGGUCUAUCGGGAGGACAGAAGAAGAGACUAUCUAUAGCUUUAGAAUUAGUUAAUAACCCAAUGGUGAUGUUUCUAGACGAACCAACGACCGGUUUGGACAGUUCCUCGUGUACGAUGUGUUUGAAAUUAUUGAAAGAAUUAACGCAACUAGGUAAAACCAUCAUUUGUACAAUUCACCAACCGGCGGCUUCUCUUUUCUCUUUAUUCGAUCAAGUUUACGUACUAGGAGGCGGAUAUUGUUUGUAUCAAGGAAACACCGUUAAUUUGAUGCGGUUUUUGAUAGACAUCGAAUCUCCUUGUCCCGUUUACCACAAUCCAGCCGAUUACGUGGUGGAAUUGGCGUGCGGUGAAUAUGGUAAGGAUAAACCUCAAAAAAUGAGGCGGGCCACUGAUAACGGAAAAUCUUUGCGAUAUUUCAACGAACCUGAGAAAUUGUCUGCAAUUAAAGUUUGUGGUAGAUUAAGUGGUAAAACGAACGGCGGAUUACCGACUUCUCCUUUGCACCAAUUGAAAAUUUUAUUGAAGAGAGGAUUCGUGAGGGCGUUUAGAGACGAAACGUUAACGUACUUAAGGUUAAGUACAAAUAUUAUCGUUGGAUUGAUGUUGGGUACUAUAUAUUGGAAAUCCGGCAGCGAUGGAUCCAAAGUUAUGGAUAAUUAUAAUCUUAUGUUCGCCAUUUUGAUGCACAACAUGAUGGCUACUAUGAUGUUGACGAUUUUAACGUUUCCUCAAGAAAUGUCAAUCUUGAUAAAAGAACAUUUUAAUCGCUGGUAUUCGUUGAAAAUGUAUUACACGGCAGUUACUUUAGUCGAUAUUCCAAUAUCUGUUAUGUGCUGUUUUCUGUUUACUUCUAUUAUUUAUUAUAUGACGGACCAACCUUUGGAAACCGUCAGAUUUUUAAUGUUUUUCAUUACUAGUAUAAUGGUAGUUUUCGUAGCACAAGGGGUCGGAUUAAUGGUCGGAGCUUAUUUUGAUGUUGUAAAUGGUACUUUUGUGGGACCCACAUUGGCUGUACCCAUGAUGAUGUUUUCCGGUUUCGGGGUACGUAUAUGCGAUCUACCUAGUUACUUAUAUUGGGGUAACUACGUGUCGUAUCUCAAAUAUGGUUUAGAAGGACUCAUCGGAUCAAUUUAUGGGUUAAAUCGUGGUAUUUUGGAUUGUCCCGAAGAUAAAUAUUGUUAUUAUAAAUACCCGAAGACUUUCUUAGAAAUAGUAGAUGUUAAAUCUGAUCAAUUCGAUAAUGAUAUGAUUGCUCUGUUAAUAUUUUUAUUCGUGAUUAGGAUAAGCGCCUACGUUAUUUUGAGGUAUAAAUUGGCUGCUGUACGAUAGUCAAUUUCAUCGUUUUGUGUGAACCGGUGUAUAAUUUAUUUGUAGAAAAAAAAUCAGAAAUAUAUUUAUUGAUAUGUACUUCAAUCACAUAUUUUUAUAGCCUCUCUGUAUAUUUAUACCUAUUUUAAUUCAAAAUUUAUAGUCGGAAAGAAUAAUUUGGAUCGAAGCAUUUUUUAUAUUGUGUAUAAUAAUAUAUGAAUAUAAUAAUUAUAAAUUCGAGUUUUUGUUCAAUAUUUCAAGGGUUUUUAUAUGUAUAUUGUAUAUAAUACGAUUUUUUAAUGUAGUUUUCAGAAAACUCAUCGUCAUUUAUUUAAUAAGAAAAAAUUAGUUUCGAUAUAAUUAAUUUUUGCAGUUUUUUAUAUACAACUGUGUAAUAUACAUUAUAUAUAUAUUA